AUAAGCACACAACGAAAAAAUAUUUUAUAUGUGCGAAAAUAAAGCGCGGCUUCUCGAGACUUCCAUAGAUUCUUUGGUUCCCAGCAUCUCCCCCUUUUUAGUCACCACCUCUCCUCCGGCCCCAAAACCCAGUACCAUCAACUUCUUCUUCUUUAGCGUCUCCGCGUUUUCUCUACGAGCUCAGAAAUCGAUCAGCGAACGCGGAAACCAGAGGGAUCGAGACCGCGAAAGGGCUCAGGCCAGGUCCGGCGGCAAUAAAUCCAAGCCCAAAAACGACGGAUUAACCCCCGAACAACGCCGCGAAAGGAACGCAAAAGCGCUGCAGGAGAAGGCGAAGAAGAAGGCAGCGGCCGAGCAGGCGGGAAGGGGAUCAUAUGAUUCGGUUGGUGAAACUCAAAGUGCGAUCCGAUGGAAUGCAUAUGCAAUGCUCGGAAGUGGUAGUUUUCGUUUUGCUGUUGGGCAUGAUGCCCGGAAUCUUAUACCUAAGGAGCACCAAGAAGAUAUCCUGGAAGGUUCUCAGUAUUGUUUGAACUGUCGAGACUCUCAUUAG